UCAAUUAAAACCAAAUUACAGUGUACGAAGGUCCUGAGUUGAACUUCAUACCUCCCUUCGAAGUCGCAAAACCCUACAAACCCUCUGGUUUUUCAGUUAACCAUUCAGCCAGAAACUCCACCGUCGCCAUCCAAUGUUCCUCCGGCGCCCUUUCGUUCAUCCACCGGUUCGUGCCGGCAUAUUCAACCAGAUUUCUCGGAUCUUCGGACCCAGAUCCGACCGGCCCCUUCAUGCUCUCUUCUGCAGUUCCAGCAAUCCUGAGCCGCCACCGAUGCCUCCCUUUCAGAACCCAGGCCCCAUUUCAGGUUUUUCAGGGAAUAACAAAGGCAGCAUGCCCAAUAAUAGAUUCUCAGGGCCGGGGCAAACUGGUUUGAGCAACCAUGGAAAACGCACUUUGUUUCCUAGAUCUUUGAUAGACUCUGCAAAUGAAAAUGAAGUUGAGACUGGAAAGAAUUCUAAAUCCAUGGACAUUGUUAGGGGAUUACUAGAAGACUAUGAUAAGGGUGGCGCUCCUUUUGGAUCUCCAUUCCGUCAAUAUCAAGUUGAGAACGAUCCUGACAUUGUUCAUGUUAAGCUGCUCCGCAACAACACAUUCAUCACCGUCACAGAUUCAAAAGGGAACAAAAAGUUUGGGGCUUCAGCGGGAAAAUUGGCAUCAGGAGGGAAAGUUUCUCGAUUUGCUGCUGAAUCUACAGCGGAACAUGUUGGGCGUGAAGCAAGGAAUCGUAACUUGAAGUCCGUGGUCAUGAAAGUAAAUGGGUUUACCUAUUUUAAGAAAAAGAAGCAAUCUAUUCUUAGCUUUAAAGAGGGGUAUAAUCAUUCUCGUGGUGAUGCUAAUCCUGUUGUUUACAUUGAGGAUACAACUCGUCGCCCCCAUAAUGGAUGCCGCCUCAGGAAGAAGCGCCGCAUAUAGUCUGUUUCAUUUUUUGCAUGUUAAAUAAACAGGGCAUUAUAUAUGGUUUGCUUUUGGAGAUUAGCCUCUAAUUCAACACUUUGGGGUGAGGGAAGGAGCUUGCCUUGAGGAUAACUAUGUCUAUUUAUACUCUAUCAUGUUUGUUUAGUCUUGGAAUGCCUUGUAGUUUAGAUAAAUUAAGUUCAAGAAUUCUUGUAUGAGAUUGAGGGUCAUCAAAGUAGUCAUGAAAUUCUUGUACUAUACCAUUUUGUGCCAAUGCUCGAUUAAUUUUUAUGGAUUUUUAACAUUAUCCCAAAA